AUGGUGAAAGCGCGCAAGUACGUUGUCGUCAACGAGUUCAAGGGUUGGCCUAAGCGUGAAGAUUUCCAAAUUGAGGAGUACGAGCUGCCGCCCCUCAAGGAUGGAGAGAUUCUAGUCAAAACUCAGUGGUUGAGUGUAGAUCCAUACAUGCGGAUCUACAGUUCACCGCAAAAGUACGACCAGUUCGGAUAUAAUGUCGGCGUAGUGGUAGAAACGAAGGCUGCGGACUACCCAGUUGGCACGAAGGUAGUGUCACACAAAGGCUGGUGUGACUACGUUAUCCUAGAUACUAACAAGUUCUAUGACGACUUUCAUCCUUCCGGAAAAAUUUACAAACUACCAGUCAUGGAAGGACUGCCGGACUCUCUGGCAGUUGGUGCUGUAGGCAUGCCAGGUGCUACUGCGUACUUCGGGUUUCUGGAACACUGCAGACCUAAACCUGGUGACACAGUUGUCGUGACGGGGGCCGCUGGAGCUGUAGGCUCUUUGGUCGGACAGAUCGCGAAGAUCAAGGGCUGCAAAGUGAUCGGGUUCGCUGGCUCCGACGAGAAAGUCAAGUGGCUGGAGAGCAUCGGCUUUGACAAGGCGAUCAACUACAAGACUGCUGACAACGCGGCUGCACUGAAAGAAGCUGCUCCGGAGGGAGUGGACUGCUACUACGACAACGUCGGCGGGGAGCUGAGCAGCACCAUCUUGUAUCAGAUGAAUCAAUAUGGAAGAGUCGUAGUUAUUGGCUCCAUUAGCUCAUACAACGAGGACCCUAAAAACUUGCCCAAAGUAACACUGUUACAACCUGCGAUAUUAUUCCAUCGACUAUCGAUCAGAGGUUACGUUGUAUGGGAGUCACUUGAUAAAUUCCCUGAAGCAUUUGAUCAAAUCACCAAGUGGAUACAGAGUGGGAAGAUAGUGGCCAAAGAACAUGUCACGGAAGGUUUUGAGAAUCUUUAUGACGCUUUAAUAGGAGUGCUGAAAGGUGACAAUAUUGGAAAGGCUGUUGUCAAAAUAUAG